CAUCUGCUCCCGUGCCUCCCUUAUAAGGGUAAAGACAGUUUUAAAGAGCUCCGCGCCCUUGCCAGAUUCGAUCUUCAACCCUACCACCACCCUCCCUGCGGGUGUGGGCCGGCGGCACAGCACGUGCGCUUCGCUCGCGGGCAUCCUGGCGCCCAGCUCUGGGCAGCCCCGCCCGGCGUGUCGCGCCUCGCCACGUGACCCUGCCCCCUGCCAUUGGCCCGGCGGGAGAGGCGGGGCCGCCGCGGAGGCGCGGGCCGGCCGAUUGCGGCCUGACUCGGCUGCGGGCUGUCUCCGGAGCGGCUGGGAGGUUCGAGCUCUGUGCGCGCGGUGGGCCGGCGGGCGGGGAAGCGGGAGCUGCGGGCGUGGGCACAGCGCACGCGUGGGGAGCGGCUCCCGGAUGCCGCGCGUCUGCAGGAGCGUGGCCUCGCGCGGCCUCGCGCGGCUCCGCGGCAGGUGUGCCGGGGCAUCCCUGUCACGUGACCGAAGAGGCCGGGGCGCCGGGCGCGGGCGGGGGACAGGACCGUGCAGCCCAAUCCUCCUCCAGGCUGGAGCCGGGAGCGCGGGGGCGAGGCCAAAAAGACGUGACUCUCAAGGGUCUGGCCUCGGGAGGCCCUGGGAGGGUGUUGGGCACCCCAGAAAUUAGGGGAAAUUGGGGAAGAUACCCACCCUUUUAUUACCAUGGCAGUUAGGAGUCCAGCGCCCCUGGGAAGUAAGGUCCUGAGGAAGAUGGAGGGAUUCGGGACUCCUGGAGGGAGCCCAGAUCCGAGCUAGAAACGAUGCAGUCGGGGCAGUUGAGGUCAGAGGUCUUUGGGUUCUGGCUGCGCCCUAAAUCGCAGUGGGCGCUCGGGCAAGCCCUUGCCUCUCUCUAGGCCCCCAGUUCCUGGCUCCCGUCCCCCGGCCUCGAGGGCCCUAGCGUUGUCCGAGGCCUCACCCCUCUGGUCUGCCGUAGGAUGGGCCUCUCCGCCGCCGCCCCGCCUUGGGGCGCCCCAGGGCUGCUCCUGACCAUCGCCCUGCACCUGGCUAUCUACCUGCACCCUGCCCAGGCCUGGGCGCCCGUGCAUCGGGACUACUGCGUCCUGGGCGCCGGGCCCGCGGGCCUGCAGAUGGCCUACUUCCUGCAAAGGGCAGGCAGAGACUACAUGGUGUUCGAACGCGCCCCGGUGCCUGGCAGUUUCUUCACGCGCUACCCCCGGCACCGCAAGCUCAUCAGCAUCAACAAGCGGUACACCGGCAAGGCCAAUGCCGAGUUCAACCUGCGUCACGACUGGAACUCUCUGCUCAGCCACGACCCCCGGCUGCUCUUCAGACACUACUCGGACGCCUACUAUCCCGACGCCAGCGACAUGGUGCGCUACCUGAGCGACUUUGCAGAGCGGCUGGGGCUUCACGUGCUGUAUAACACAACCGUUGCCCACGUCACUGUGAACAAGGAUCGCGGGGCCUGGAAUGGCCAUUACUUCAUCCUGACCGACCACCGGGGCCAGGCAUACCAGUGUAGCGUCCUUCUUGUGGCCACCGGCUUGUCGGUCCCCAACCGGGUGGACUUCCCUGGUUCUGAAUAUGUGGAUGGUUAUGAGUCCAUGUCUGUGGAUCCCAAGGACUUCGAGGGUCAGAAUGUGCUGAUCCUAGGCCGGGGGAACUCGGCCUUUGAGACAGCAGAGAACAUCUUCGGUGUCACCAACUUUAUCCAUAUGCUGAGCCGCUCCCGGGUCCGGCUCUCCUGGGCCACCCACUACGUCGGAGACCUCAGGGCCAUCAACAAUGGCCUGCUGGACACCUACCAGCUGAAGUCCCUGGACGGGUUGCUCGAGUCCGACCUGACAGACUUGGCCAUCGUGAAGGACCACAAGGGCAAGUUCCACAUCACUCUGAAGCUGUUCGUGGAGGAGUUCUUCAACCAGAGUUCCGAAGCCAUCCCCCUCCCCCAGGACAACAAUGACAACUUUGCCAUGCGCGUGGCCUAUGACCGGGUCAUCCGCUGCCUGGGCUGGAAAUUUGACUUCUCCAUUUUCAGCAAGUCACUCCGACUCUCUUCAGGGAGUGAACUCAGCGAGAAAUAUCCCCUGGUCAGAGCCAGCUAUGAAUCCAAAGGGAGCCGGGGCCUCUUCAUCCUGGGGACUGCCAGCCACUCAGUGGAUUACCGGAAAUCUGCUGGGGGUUUCAUCCAUGGAUUCCGAUACACAGUGCGUGCCGUCCACCGACUGCUGGAGCAGCGCCACCACAGCGUGGCCUGGCCCUCCACCGAGCACCCCAUCACACACCUGGCCAGUGCCAUCAUCCGGCGCAUCAACGAGGCCUCUGGGCUCUACCAGAUGUUCAGUGUGCUGGCCGACGUGGUCCUGCUGAAGGAGAACGCCACCACCUUUGAGUAUCUGGAGGAGUUCCCCAUGCAGAUGCUGGCGCAGCUGGAGACGAUCACGGGAAGGAGGGCGAGGCACGGCCUCUUCGUCAUCAACAUGGAGUACGGCCGGAACUACUCUGGGCCUGACAAGGACGUCUUCUUUUCUGACCGCUCUGUGGGGCACAUGGAAGACGCCUGGCUGUCCAACUUCCUCCAUCCUGUCAUCUACUACUACAGGCACCUCCCCACCGAGCAGGAGGUGAGGUUCCGCCCAGCAGGCUGGCCGCUACCACGGCCCUCAGCCCUCCACCACGUCGUGGAAGAUUUCCUGACGGACUGGACGGCCCCGGUGGGGCACAUCCUGCCCCUGAGGCGCUUCCUGGAGAACUGUUUGGAUACUGACCUGCGAAGCUUCUAUGCAGAGUCCUGUUUCCUGUUCGCCCUAACACACCAGAAGCUCCCGCCCUUUUGCCAGCAGGGCUACCUGAGAACGCAGGGGCUCGUGGGAACUGAGAGCCUCCGUCAGCACGGCGUGGAGAGCGGGCUCCUGUGGGACUCUGCCACCAUGGGCCAGCACCAGGGGGCCAGCGACCAGCAGCCUGGCGACCACGGGCCAGGAGGGCACUCUCUGGCUCCAGGGCCUCCGGUCUCACCUUUCAACAGCAACAAGGAGGAGCUCUGAUGGGCGGCUGCUCCCCCUAGGCUCACAGUCAGCCUUCCUCUUCCCCGCAGUUUCGUGCUCCCACGUGAUUGCCAAAGACCCCCCUCAGAUCAUCGCGGUGACCGCACCAAAGCCACACGGAGGACACAGACAGGCUGAAGGGCGGCCACACGGUGAUCUCCCCUCCUGUUUGGUUCAGGGAUUUCUGGGAAGAGGCGUCCAGGGACAGCAUCUUCUGCCAGAUGGAAGGGAGCCACCUUCCACGCCAGACUUGUCUGCAAGCCAGCCAUCACAAGCACCAGGCUGGCCUCAGCUCCGUCCCCUUCAAGUGCCCAGUGUUCCUCUUCUGAGGCCCCUGGAUUCCGCCUACCCAUGGAGCGUUUGACAAGUGCAAUCCACCCUCAUCUUCAUACGGGUUGUAGCAGGCACUUUAAGACAAAGGCUCUAAGGUCCUCCACCAAGUAGGGCAGGUGGGCCCGUUACCCCCUGAUGAAAACACCAGCUGAGAAAGGUCAGGUGAUCUCCGAGGUCCCAGCCAGGAGUCUGGGAAGCCCUAAGGCCGGCCCUGCUUCACCAUACUGCCUCUCCCCGCCCCAUCUCUGCUUUCAGAAUCCCAGUGGGGGCAGAGAGAAGACAGCUCCCUGCAGGCCAUAUCAUGUAGGCGGGUCUCUGCCAAGCUGCUCUCUCUCCAGGCCCGCCCUCCCUGACUUGCCUUCCCCCUGUGUUCUCCUCUCUCUCAUCCCAUUCCCCUGCCCUCUGGCAUUCCUCCUGGCCUCUGCCCUGCCAGAUCAGGUUUUGUGAAAUGGUCGCCAUGCUGGCUAUCAGUGGGGAUUCUCUCGGAGGUGAUUCACCCCACUGUUCCGUACAGAGCCCAGCUCAGCAUGGGCAAGAAAUCAUUUAUAAAUGAGUUUGUUAGAUAAUGCUGAUGAAUGUAGUUUCUGGUUCCCUGAGCUGUUCUGGCUUUUUUAUUGUCCCUCCUCACCAGGAAUCUGCCCCUUCUUACUCUCUCAUCAGGUAUUUGAGUCCCAUUGAUGAGUAAGCCAUGGGAAAGCAUUUGUGCAGAAAAUAAUCAUGGUGGUUUCCUCAAAAGCCCGGGAUCACAGGUGAUAGCUUUCUCACUGGUUCUUACCACUAAGUCCUUCAUGUGUCCACUUAGAAUGGCAGGGACACAAGCUUUCCAGAUCCGCUGCCCUUUACUUGGAACAGCUUCUUCAUGACGGCCAGGUCCAAAAUCCCUUACCCCCGGCACUGCUGUCUGUGCUCCAGGUAUCUGCAGUCACAACAGUGAGACUCCGAAAGCCUGAGCCUGUCAGGGAGGAGAUGUUUACCCCAUGGCAAGACUUGGCAUAGUUUGCAGAGAGCUGAAACUGCUCAGUGAAGGGUCUCUCCCUAAUCCCAGGGUGUUGAAUUUGCUGUAUUUCAUACUGUUUACAGGUAAACCAAAAUUGGGUCCCAUUAGUCCACCCUUCCUUUUCCUAAACUUUUUUUUUUUUAAUAAAUAUUUUGGGAUAUCCCUAGUGGUCCAGUGGUUAAGACUAGUAUGAAAAUAAAUUAUUUAAUUAGGACUGUACCCAUAUUAUCAAAUCCUGUUACACAAAUCUCACCUACCCAGUUACUAAAGGCUGGUUGAGCCCCUGGUUCGAGGUACUGUAACGAAUUGUUGACUGACGCCUAAGUAUGUGACAUCUGCUGCUCUUUCCGUCAUGUGCCAAGUUCUUAAUUCCAUAAAAAUAUCACCAGCCUUAUUUGUGUUUAAUAAGACAUGGUUCAGCUCUUACUCGGCCAAUGAGACACACAUUCCCUGGUAUUUUCCCUGUAAAUUAAUUAGUUGGCUUCAGAGAACUACUUUUUCCUGUGAAGAUCGUUGCUGCACUGGCUGGAGUCCUGUCUACAUCUCGCUUGCUUCUAGCAACCCACCCUCCCCAGCCCCCGGGGCCUUCUUUGUAAAUCCUGGCCCCUGAGUGCCGUUGCCUUAGGCAUGCCAUCUUUGCUGUCUGCUAUCUUCCUAUUGUGUUGUAUGGACUCACGUGUCCUCCUUCAUUGCCUCAGUUUCUUUCCUUGUCAAGUUUAGACAGCCCUCUAGCAGAUCUUGUCAUUUCCAGCCAGAUCAAGUCCCUCUCCUAGCUAAGGCAUGACUUCAUCUAUUCAUUGUUUUUGAAAAUAUUAUAAAGUUACACAUGCAAAACAGACAGAUCAGUGAAAAUCAAUAGGCCAGAAGUAGAGCCUGUUCUAAGAUGGAGGUGUUUUUUAAAGGGAAUCACAAACCAGUGGAAAAGAUUGUACAGGAGUGUGCAAUAAAUGAUGUUGGACUGGAACUUUCCUGAUGGUCCAGUGGUUAAGACUAAGUUCCCAAUGCAGGGGAUACAGGUUCGAUCCCUGCUCAGGGAACUAAGAUCCUGCAUGCCCUGGGCAUGGCCAAAAUUACGUAAGUAAAUAAAAAUGAUGUUGGACCAAUGGGCUACUAACUUGGGGAAGAAAA